AUGACUGGUGACAGUCAUGCUACUGGGAGUGAGGAACAAAAGGGAAUGACUGGUGACAGUCAUGCUACUGGGAGUGAGGAACAAAAGGGAACGACUGGUGACAGUCAUGCUACGGGGAGUGAGGAACAAAAGGGAACGACUGGUGACAGUCAUGCUACUGGGAGUGAGGAACAAAAGGGAACGACUGGUGACAGUCAUGCUACGGGGAGUGAGGAACAAAAGGGAACGACUGGUGACAGUCAUGCUACUGGGAGUGAGGAACAAAAGGGAACGACUGGUGACAGUCAUGCUACUGGGAGUGAGGAACAAAAGGGAAUGACUGGUGACAGUCAUGCUACUGGGAGUGAGGAACAAAAGGGAACGACUGGUGACAUUCAUGCUACUGGGAGUGAGGAACAAAAGGGAACGACUGGUGACAGUCAUGCUACUGGGAGUGAGGAACAAAAGGGAAUGACUGGUGACAGUCAUGCUACUGGGAGUGAGGAACAAAAGGGAACGACUGGUGACAGUCAUGCUACUGGGAGUGAGGAACAAAAGGGAAUGACUGGUGACAGUCAUGCUACUGGGAAUGUUGAACAAAAGGGAAUGACUGGUGACAGUCAUGUUACUGGGAGUGAGGAACAAACAGGAACAACUGGUGACAGUUAUGCUACUGGGAGUGAGGAACAAAAGGGAAUGACUGGUGACAGUCAUGCUACUGGGAGUGAGGAACAAACAGGAACGACUGGUGACAGUCAUGCUACUGGGAGUGAGGAACAAAAGGGAAUGACUGGUGACAGUCAUGCUACUGGGAGUGAGGAACAAACAGGAAUGACUGGUGACAGUCAUGCUACUGGGAGUGAGGAACAAAAGGGAAUGACUGGUGACAGUCAUGCUACUGGGAGUGAGGAACAAACAGGAACGACUGGUGACAGUCAUGCUACUGGGAGUGAGGAACAAAAGGGAACGACUGGUGACAGUCAUGCUACGGGGAAUGAGGAACAAAAGGGAACGACUGGUGACAGUCAUGCUGCUGGGAGUGAGGAACAAAAGGGAACGACUGGUGACAGUCAUGCUACUGGGAGUGAGGAACAAAAGGGAAUGACUGGUGACAGUCAUGCUAUUGGGAGUGAGGAACAAACAGGAACGACUGGUGACAGUCAUGCUACUGGGAGUGAGGAACAAACAGGAACGACUGGUGACAGUCAUGCUACUGGGAAUGAGGAACAAACAGGAACGACUGGUGACAGUCAUGCUACGGGGAGUGAGGAACAAAAGGGAAUGACUGGUGACAGUCAUGCUACUGGAAGUGAGGAACAAACAGGAAUGACUGGUGACAGUCAUGCUACGGGGAGUGAGGAACAAAAGGGAAUGACUGGUGACAGUCAUGCUACUGGGAGUGAGGAACAAAAGGGAACGACUGGUGACAGUCAUGCUGCUGGGAGUGAGGAACAAAAGGGAACGACUGGUGACAGUCAUGCUACUGGGAGUGAGGAACAAAAGGGAACGACUGGUGACAGUCAUGCUACUGGGAGUGAGGAACAAAAGGGAAUGACUGGUGACAGUCAUGCUACUGGGAGUGAGGAACAAAAGGGAAUGACUGGUGACAGUCAUGCUAUGGGGAGUGAGGAACAAAAGGGAACGACUGGUGACAGUCAUGCUAUGGGGAGUGAGGAACAAAAGGGAACGACUGGUGACAGUCAUACUACUGGUAGUGAGGAACAAAAGGGAACGACUGGUGACAGUCAUGCUACUGGGAGUGAGGAACAAAAGGGAAUGACUGGUGACAGUCAUGCUAUGGGGAGUGAGGAACAAAAGGGAACGACUGGUGACAGUCAUGCUAUGGGGAGUGAGGAACAAAAGGGAACGACUGGUGACAGUCAUGUUACUGGGAGUGAGGAACAAAAGGGAAUGACUGGUGACAGUCAUGCUACUGGGAGUGAGGAACAAAAGGGAAUGACUGGUGACAGUCAUGCUACUGGGAGUGAGGAACAAACAGGAACGACUGGUGACAGUCAUGCUACUGGGAGUGAGGAACAAAAGGGAAUGACUGGUGACAGUCAUGCUACUGGGAAUGAGGAACAAACAGGAACGACUGGUGACAGUCAUGCUACGGGGAGUGAGGAACAAAAGGGAAUGACUGGUGACAGUCAUGCUACUGGGAGUGAGGAACAAACAGGAACGACUGGUGACAGUCAUGCUACGGGGAGUGAGGAACAAAAGGGAAUGACUGGUGACAGUCAUGCUACUGGGAGUGAGGAACAAAAGGGAAUGACUGGUGACAGUCAUGCUACUGGGAGUGAGGAACAAAAGGGAACGACUGGUGACAGUCAUGCUGCUGGGAGUGAGGAACAAAAGGGAACGACUGGUGACAGUCAUGCUACUGGGAGUGAGGAACAAAAGGGAAUGACUGGUGACAGUCAUGCUACUGGGAGUGAGGAACAAAAGGGAAUGACUGGUGACAGUCAUGCUAUGGGGAGUGAGGAACAAAAGGGAACGACUGGUGACAGUCAUGCUAUGGGGAGUGAGGAACAAAAGGGAACUAGUGACAGUCAUGCUACUGGUAGUGAGGAACAAAAGGGAAUGACUGGUGACAGUCAUGCUACUGGGAGUGAGGAACAAAAGGGAAUGACUGGUGACAGUCAUGCUAUGGGGAGUGAGGAACAAAAGGGAACGACUGUUGACAGUCAUGUUAUGGGGAGUGAGGAACAAAAGGGAACGACUGGUGACAGUCAUGCUACUGGGAGUGAGGAACAAAAGGGAAUGACUGGUGACAGUCAUGCUACUGGGAGUGAGGAACAAAAGGGAAUGACUGGUGACAGUCAUGCUACUGGGAGUGAGGAACAAAAGGGAACGACUGGUGACAGUCAUGCUACUGGGAGUGAGGAACUAAAGGGAACGACUGGUGACAGUCAUGCUACUGGGAGUGAGGAACAAAAGGGAACGACUGGUGACAGUCAUGCUACUGGGAGUGAGGAACAAAAGGGAACGACUGGUGACAGUCAUGCUACUGGGAGUGAGGAACAAAAGGGAACGACUGGUGACAGUCAUGCUACUGGGAGUGAGGAACAAAAGGGAAUGACUGGUGACAGUCAUGCUACUGGGAGUGAUAAUGCAGAGAUGGUCCUGCCUGUUAAUGCUCAGAGCAAAUUUCCACCUUUGAGAUGCUCCAAGAUAAUUAGGGAAAGGGCAAAGGGGCUAAAAGAAAACACCCAGUCCUAUACACAGCAUCAUAGGGGCAAAAGGAAACCACCCAGUUCUAUACACAGCAUUUUAUGCACCUUCCAGGAGGAACUAAUGGAGAGAAAGGAGCCCUCAGGACGUGACCCAAACCAAUCAACCAUGGUGACAGUACAACAAACGGAGGAGAUAAAUGAGAGACUUGCGUUUGUAUCACGUUAUAUAGACCCAGAGAAUUGGUUUCGAGUCAACAGUGGAUGA